AUGGCCAAGGUCUUUACCAAUAAAUCGAUUUUCUCCCACGAAUCGCUUCGGAAAUGCCAGAUGGCUUUUACCUCUUUCCACUUCUUGAUCACUUCCAUUACUCUUUGGAUUAUGUCGCGUCCAUGUUUAGGUGGUUUCGUGGCCAAAUCAAUACCGCCUCAUCGAAUUCUUCACCUAGCUGGACUGAUGUGCGCUCAGAUCGUGCUGCAAAACAUAUCUCUGGCAUAUUCAUCCGUUAUUUUUCACCAGCUAGUCAGGCUACUACUGACGCCAAUCACUGCUUUAUCGAACUUUUUGCUCUACCAAGCUACAAUCCCGAAGGCAUCUAUUAUGCCUCUGGUAAUCAUGUGCAGCGGGGUCGGCAUUGUCUUUUAUUACGACACAGUCACAACAGCCGCCGGUGGUGAAACAACAUCUCCCACGGGGGCCUUUGCUGCGAUCGUCGGUGUGUGCUCUAGUGCCCUAUAUACAACCCUGGUUGGGAGGUAUCACAAAAAGUUCGACGUGACCAGCAUGCAACUCUUGUUGAACCAAUCAUCCCUCGGCACCGGCCUACUGCUGUGUUCGGUGCCUUUCUUUGAUACGUUGCCGUCGAUGAAUGCUCUUUCAGGGAGGUUAUAUACCUCUCUUCUAUUGAGCGGUCUCUGCGCCUUUCUUGUCAACCUCUCUCAAUUCUACGUGAUCGAGGCCUCGGGUCCUGUUAGCAGCACGGUUGUUGGGCAUUUUAAGACUUGCAUGAUUAUAGGUCUAGGCUGGAUGGUAAGCGGGCACUCGACUAUGAGCCAAAGCAUUGCGGGCGUAUUCAUGGCGCUUGUUGGUAUGAGCUGGUAG